AUGAAACUCUACGUUUUGCUAUUUACAGUGUUCAUUUUAAUACAGUACAGUGAUAGUCGCUACGUCGAUUGGUUACCGCAGAAUUUAGUGGAUAGGUUCACAAAUAAAACCUCUCAAAUCACAAACUAUGUGCGAGAAAAAGGACGCAGUCUAAAACAGUUCUAUGUCGAAAAUGUCCGCAACAGGAUCACGUCUUAUCUCACUUUUAAUCAAACAGAGUUGAAUGAUAAACCGACUAGGAUGAAGAGAAAGUUCCACGACUAUCUCGAAGACGCGCGGGCGACAGAUAAGAAGGUAUUCGAUGUUAUCGCCCCAGAGAAGAUAGAACACCCCUGCAACGAUAAUGAUCCAGGCAUACAUAUGACUACGCCACAAUUGAUCGCACUGCACGGUUACCCGUCUGAAUCUCAUACAGUCGUCACUUCAGAUGGUUACAUUUUAACCCUCCAUCGGAUACCUUAUUCGAAAAACUCUACCAAAAUGAGUCCACGCAAAACUGCGCUGCUGCAUCACGGUCUUUUGGGCAGUUCCGCUGAUUGGAUCAUUCCUGGACCAGAGAAGGGUCUGCCCUAUAUUCUAUCUGAGGCGGGUUACGACGUGUGGCUAGCGAAUGUCCGUGGCAAUACUUACUCCAAAGCCCACGUCUCAUUGAACACGGAUACUUUUGAAUUUUGGAACUUCACGUUUCACGAGGUCAGUCAAUAUGAUCUGCCAGCGGUCAUCGAUUAUAUUAUGGACAUCAAAGGAUGGGACGCUAAAAUCAAUUACAUAGGCCAUUCAAUGGGUACUACCGUCCUAUUCGCGAUGCUAUCGACUAAGACGCAUUAUAAUAAGGUAUUAAGAGCCGGCUUCGCACUCGCCCCGGUCGCGUAUAUGACAGAUAUAAAAAGCCCAAUACAUCUGCUGGCAAAAUACAGCGAUAAUCUUGGCUAUCUGUUGAAAUUACUCGGAGCGAAUGAGUUUCUGCCGGCCAACGCAGUUUUGCGAUGGCUGUCGAAGCACGCAUGCGAGAUAAACCAACUAGAAGAAGCGAUUUGUGAGAACUCCAUGUUCGUUCUGUGCGGGCACGAUGAGAAACAGUUCAAUAAGAGUCUGCUGCCUCUGAUUUUGAGCCACGACCCUGCCGGCGCUUCUACAAAAACUUUAAUACAUUACGCGCAAGAGAUUCGCACAGCGGGAAGAUUCCAGCAGUUCGAUUACGGUCCGGAAGGGAACUUAAAGCAGUAUGGUACACCAUCGCCACCACAAUACCCGGUGCACAAGAUAACCCUUCCUAUCGCACUAAUUAGUUCACAAAACGAUUGGCUAGCCAGUGACGUGGACGUCACUAAUUUGUAUGUACAACUCGUUAACCCGAUAGAGCAUUACAUAGUGCCUUUAAAGGAAUUUAAUCAUGUAGACUUUUUGUGGGCGAUCGACGCUCGGAAAUUGGUUUACGAUAAGCUUUUAGAUUUGUUGGAGGAGGGAGUUAGUAAUCCGUCACCGUAUACGCUUCAGCAGUUAGACUAG